UUGACAGGUGCUCCCUCAUUUACUGCGGACUAGGCGUCAUGGCGGUGAGUAAGGAAGAGUACCUGAAACGUUAUAUGUCGUCAGAUGGAAGAAAGGAAAAGAAAAAAAGGAAGAAGAAGGACAAUGCGUCAGGCAAACAUGGGAUGCAAAUUAUCGAUGAUGACAUCACCGUAAACCACCUGUUGCCUAGCAACCUGCAUAAUACCCUGGAGGAGGAUGUUGGUGACAACGAGCCGACGGUGGCUGAUGUCAUUGACGAGAGGCCGGAGCACAUCAAACGUAUGGAGGAGUUCCAGGAUAGUCAGCGAUGGAAGGGAGUUAACCAUCGGAAAACAGAUGACGGUUCACCAGAGUAUGGGGUGAUCAAGAGAAGAGGUCGACAUGAUUCAGACUCUGACCAAUCAUCACCUAGAAGACAGAGGCAUGACUCUGAUUCUGACCAAUCACCACGAAGAAAAGGUAGACAUGAUUCUGAUUCUGACCAGUCUCCACCAAGAAAAGGAAGACAUGAUUCUGAUUCUGACCAAUCACCACCAAGAAAAGGAAGAUACAAUUCUGAUUCUGACCAAUCACCUUCAAGGAAAAGUAAAAGCAAACAUAGUUCAUCACAGUCAAAGCAAUCACGAAAGGGUAGGCAUGAUUCAGAUUCCGACCAAUCACCACCUAGAAGAGGUAGGAAUGAUUCUGAUUCUGACCAAUCACCACCUAGGAGACAAAAACAAUCUGACCAGUCCCCUUCAAGGAGGCAUAAAGAAUUCAAAACUGAAAGAGAUUCUAAACAGAGAAGAAGGAAAAGCCGAUUUAAUCAUUCAGAUUCUGAUAAUUCUCCUCCCAGAAAAAGGCGGCAUGGUUCUGAUAGUGACUCUUCUCCGCCUCGGAGAAUCAAGAAGGAAGAGGAUGUUGAAAGUAAGAGGAAAGCCACCAAGACUUUGGGGGGAGCAAAGGCUGGUCUGUCUAGUGCUAGGGAGAUGAAACAAGAGGCAGCCAAGAUGAGGAAGAAAGAGGAUGACAUGUUUAGAAAGAUUGAUGAAGACAUGUUGGGCAAGAAUGCAAAGACAGUAUUUCGGGAAAAGGGAGGAAAGAAACGAAACUUUGCUGAAGAGAAAGAGAAAGAAGAGGAGGCGGAGAGACAGAAAGCCAUCAAGGAGAAGAAAUAUGAGGAAUGGGGGAAAGGGUUAAAGCAGAAAGAAGCCCUAGAACAAAGAGUGUCAGACACGCUCCAUGAGGCAGCGAAACCGCUUGCCCGUUACCGUGACGAUGAUGACCUGGAUGAGUUAUUAAAGACACGGGAGAGGGAGGGAGAUCCCAUGGCAGCUUUCUUGAAGAAGAAAAAGAAGAAUAAAGAUCCAAAUGUUAAAGAGAAGCCCAAGUACAGCGGUCCCGCCCCUCCCCCCAACAGGUUCAAGAUCAUGCCGGGAUACCGCUGGGACGGAGUUGAUCGAUCAAAUGGAUUUGAAAAACAAAUAUUCACCAAGAUGUCGGAAAAACGAGCUACAGAGAAGCUGGCAUAUAAGUGGAGCGUAGAGGACAUGUGAACACUGUGGGUGACAUGUGAAACUUCUGAUGUGAACUCUCUGGGUGUCAUGUGAAACAUAUGAACUCUGGGUGACAUGUGAAACGUGAACUCUGGGUGACAUGUGAAACGUGACAUGUGAAUGCUCUGGCUGUCAUGUGAAACAUAUGAACUCUGGGUGACAUGUGAAACAUAUGAACUCUGGGUGACAUGUGAAACAUGUGAACUCUGGGUGACAUGUGAAACAUAUGAACUCUGGGUGACAUGUGAAACGUGACAUGUGAACUCUCUGGGUGUCAUGUGAACUCUCUGGGUGACAUGUGAAACAUGAACUCUGGGUGACAUGUGAAACAUGACAUGUGAAUGCUCCGGGUGUCAUGUGAUACGUGUGAACUCUUUUGGUGAUAUGUGAAACAUGUGACGUGAACUCUGGGUCACAUCUGAAACAUACGGACUCUCUGGGUGACAUGUGAAACGUACAAACUCUCUGGGUGAUAUGUGAAACAUGUCAGUGACAUGUGAACACUCUAGCGGACAUGUGAACACUCUAGCGGACAUGUGAAUGUCCUGUUUGACAAACCUGACUUCAAUCUGUGUCGACAUGGGACAUGUUCUGUCCCUGACAUAACAUCCUGUUAAAGGUCAACAACAUUCAUGCAUUCCUCCAAAACAAGCUGACAUGCGGUGCCGGACUGAAAUACUAUUCAAAGCAGCAUUAAUGCAAACUCAAUCACUAAAAGGCGAGUAUGCUUGUCAUAAGAGGCGACUAACGGGAUCAGAUGGUCAGGCUCGCUGACUUGGUUGAUGCACAUCAUCG